CACUGCGCGUCACACCUGCGGGCAAAGUGAAAUAAGCACCAAUAAGCGCUUCAAUGACUUUGGCUAUUUGGUAGUAAUGAACGCAAGACCUUCUGCAUAUGGUCAAUGGAAGUGAAUGCGAAUUUCUACAUGGAAUCGCACAUACCAGAAAGAAAAUAAAUAACAAUUAGACAUGUUGCGUAGCGGUGUAGUAAUUUCGUAACAUUGACAAAGCAACCAUAAUUACAAAAUGGCGCAAAUCGCGUGAGACGGUAAAAUCACAACAAAUUGAAAAACCUAAGACCAUGGAUAAACUGACAAUUAUUUCGGGUACGCUGUUUUUAGCAGCUGAUAUGUUCGCGAUUGUUAGUCUCGCGAUGCCUGAUUGGAUUAUCACAGACGUUGGAGGUGAUACUCGGCUUGGCCUGAUGUGGUCCUGUAUGACGCUUUACAACAGGCCGCAAGUCUGCUACCCUGCUGACUUACAACUCGAGUGGUUACUUGCUCUGGUCUGUAUCUCCAUGGGCUGUAUUUUAAUAACAACGACAAUUAUUCUACUAGCUAGCUCACAUUGGGAUCGUAACGUAGUUCCAUACGCCAGAUGGGUCGGAUUCACAGCCAUGGUUCUAUUCUGUUUGGCUGCUGUAAUAUUUCCCAUGGGCUUUCACGUCGAUGAAAUAGGAGGACAGCCGUACCAGCUACCAAAUUCUCAUCAAGUCGGAAUCUCGUACAUAAUGUUUGUUUUAGCAUUGUGGAUAACGGUAAUCUCUGAACUGUUUGCGGGAAAAGUUUGCCUUCCGCAUUUCUAGCAUCCACUUCCUUUUCUUAUUUUUGUUUCUGGGCAUUACAUAUUUUGCGUACAAUUAUCCUAAAGGUAUAAUCAUGCACCACUUUAAAGGAUUGGACUUUUAAAGUGGUCCUCGAAUCUUGAAUGCCCUCCAAUAUUUGAUUAAUUACAAAUACUACUUUAUGGCAAGCUCUAUGAGCGUGCUCUCAAUUUGAUUUUGGCUCUUUGUUUUUUACUUUAAAAAUAUUCCUGCAAAGUAAACUAUCUUCUAUAGAAUCUCUCAUGAAUAUAUGUUGAUCCUCCAAUUAAUUUGUUGCGCAAACUUUAUGUCUCAAUGAUGAUUUAAUCCGAUUUUCCUCAAAAAAUGUACAGGGACAUCAUGUGGAAACUGGCUACUCCAUACGCCACGCACGUUAAGUUAAAGCUAGUUAGGCGUACGGAAUGGCCACUUUCCACAAAUUGUCCCGGUAUAUUAUUUUUUUCAUUUCGUAAUAAAUUCUAAUUAGCACCAAAAAACUUUUUAUAACAUCUAGCUAUUCGAACAUUGUCGAAAUUUUGAGGCAUUCUUCACGAGCAGCGAUAACUGUUAAGCAUUAUGUAAAUAUAAAAUGUUCGUAUUUCUCCAACACGUCGUAAUUAUUAAUGCCGAUCAGGCUGGUAGCUAGAAUUUUAAUGCACAAGGUCUGCAUUCAUCGUUGUUAUAAUUCGUAUAGAGAAUCAUAUUCUAUUGCAAUGUCAAAUAUUCAGACAUAGAUGUACCUUUGAUGUUCAUCCAGAAUCCCAAAACUCUAAAUACUUUGAAGAAAUAUAAUUGUAUAAUAUGUCACUGUAUGUGUACCUAUAAUGUAUGUAUGUAUGUAUUUAUGUAUAUCCAUAUUGUAUGUAUGAUGUAUGUACUAUGUACGUACAUACGUAUGUACGUACAUACGUCCGCAUUUUAAAUACAGCAAAAAUCGAUAUGCCUAUGCAAUAAAUUACUGCAACAGAAAUGAUACCUACUAA